UCCCUUCUCCUCUCCCUGCUCUGCGCUUCAUCAUGGCGAACGUAGCCGACACAAAACUCUACGACAUUUUGGGUGUUUCUCCCUCAGCCUCGGAGAACGAACUGAAAAAGGCCUACCGGAAACUAGCAAAGGAAUACCAUCCUGACAAGAACCCAAAUGCUGGAGACAAGUUUAAAGAGAUCAGCUUUGCAUACGAAGUUCUAACUAACCCAGAAAAGAAGGAUCUCUACGACCGCUAUGGAGAGCAGGGCCUGCGAGAAGGGGGUGGAGGAGGUCCCGGGAUGGACGAUAUCUUCUCCCACAUCUUCGGUGGCGGCCUUUUCGGCUUCAUGGGCGGCCAGGGGCGCAGCCGGAACGGUGGCAGACGGAGAGGAGAAGACAUGGUUCAUCCUCUCAAGGUUUCUCUUGAAGACCUGUAUAAUGGAAAAACAACCAAACUACAGCUGAGUAAGAACGUUCUCUGUGCCACUUGUAAUGGGCAGGGAGGAAAAACCGGCGCUGUGCAGAAGUGUACGACUUGUAGGGGACGUGGCAUGCGUAUCAUGAUCAGACAGCUGGCUCCUGGCAUGGUACAACAGAUGCAGUCUGUCUGCACUGAUUGUAAUGGUGAAGGUGAGGUGAUCAGUGAAAAAGACCGCUGUAAAAAGUGUGAGGGGAAGAAGGUGAUCAAAGAAGUCAAGAUCCUGGAGGUGCACGUGGACAAGGGCAUGAAACACGGGCAGAAAAUCACCUUCGGAGGCGAAGCGGAUCAGUCGCCCAGCGUCGAGCCUGGAGACAUCGUUCUGGUCCUGCAGGAGAAGGAGCACGAGACAUUUAAAAGAGAUGCCCAUGACCUGCACAUGACGUACAAGGUCGGCCUGGUGGAAGCACUCUGCGGAUUCCAGUUUGUCCUGAAACACUUGGACGACCGACAGAUUGUGGUGAAGUAUCCAGCUGGUAAAGUCAUCGAGCCAGGCUCGGUCAAAAUGGUGAAAGGUGAGGGAAUGCCACAUUACCGUAACCCCUUCGAGAAGGGCGACCUCUUCGUGAAGUUCGAAGUUCAGUUCCCGGAUAACAACUGGAUCAGCCCGGAAAAGCUAACGGAGCUGGAGGAUCUGCUGCCCUCGCGCUCCGAGGCUCCCGUCAUCUCGGGCGACGCAGAAGAGGUGGACCUGCAGGACUUCGACAGCAACCAGAGCUCGUCCGGCGGCCACCGGCGCGAAGCCUACAACGACAGCUCCGACGAGGAGGGCGGCCAUCACGGCCCGGGGGUGCAGUGCGCCCACCAGUAAGCAUGACCAUCCCAGCCAGUGUGGAUCCAGCAGAGAGAUAAAAAAAAUAAUACAUGUUCUAGUUGCACAACAUCAGAUUAACCAAGGUGUGGUUGUUUUUCCUUCUGUCUGAUGUGGGAGGGGGGGGGUGUCUGCCUUAAAACAUUAUUAUUAAGGGUAUGCUCUGUACAUGAUCAGCUGCCUUCCCUGUAGUAAACGCACACAUGAGCCAAAUUAUACGUCCCGUCCCCAUGAGCACCCUUCACUUUAGAUUCCCUACGUGGUUAAACGACACACCCACCACCCAGUCAGAUGGAGUUAUAAGGUAAUUUCUCUUUUACUUGUUGUUACUUGCUGUUUUUUCGUUGUUUGUUGUCGACACAGUGUUUAGAGUUAAUUUAACCCGAACAUGCCGUGUUGGACUCGGACUCGACUCUGGUCUCUGUGUAGAGGAGCGAGCUGGAGAGAGCGAAGGUAAAAGAGAGAGGUCCUUUAAAUGAAAAACAAACACUUUUGGACGUUAUUACAUUUUUAGGUUGGUUUGUAAGUAUCUGUGCUUGAUUUUUACCACUUUUCUUUGUAGAUUUUUACUUUGUUUCUCCUUUCUGUUGUAUUUUAAGAAUCGGAACAAGAGUCUACAACAUUGUGUAAAAAAAAAAAAACAUUAAAGUGAUUGUCGUUUAAGCUUUAUCAGCUGCUCACACCUGCCGUGUGAUUAAUCUAGUUUGAAUAAAACCUUCACACGCCUGUAUGUGUAUUCAGCCCCGGAGCAUGCUGGGGAAGCACUGAAACAUCCAAAUUUAAAUCAGGUGGCAUUGUAUGAUAAAAGCAGUGGGUGGAAAGCAGCUGUAGUUCUAUAACUUCUGUGAGAACGUUUGAAUGAAAGUGAAGUUAAAUAAAAAACAAUAUCUCUUCAA